GCCCGAGACUCGAACCCACAACCUUAGGGUUAGGAAUCAAACUCUCCAACCAUUAGGCCAUGACUUCCCCCAUAACAACAUUUAGCCUCCAUGGUCCAGGUCAGGUUUAUUAAUGAAUGGUUUGAUAAUAGCCAGAAAUUAAAUGUCUUCAGAAAAACCUAUAAAUUUCUUAAAAUUACAUAACUAUCUGGUUUUAUUGCUAGAUUUACAUUUACAGCAUUUGACAGUCAUGGAUAUCCAGAGUGACUUACAUUCAUUAUCUAAUUUAUACAACUGAGACUCAACGGCCUUGCUCAAAAGCCAAACACUGGAAGCCCUGGGAUUCAGACUCUCAACCUUCUGACCAUUAGGCCAAAACCUUAUCCACUGAGCUACUUUCCUUCUUAUUGCUAAAUGUUGUGUUAUGCACAAUACAACUUUCAUUACACUAGCUUGCAUUUCUAACCUUAUGUAUUAAAUAUCUGUCAUUAAUUUAAACACACUUGUCCCCUGAACACCACAAUGUGUUUUUUUUUAUUCGGCUUGAUUUGAACACAGCUUGCACAAAUCACAUAAUUAUUCCUCCACUGAAUAAACACACUGCUAUCACUCCCGUUGUUUUAAUUGUUUCACCAUGCCAUCUAACCUGUAUGAUGACGAUGUCAGUGAUAUGUGCAUAGCAUACUGUAUGUAUAUUCCAAGCUAAACAUUCUCAUUUAUGUCAAAUGGCCACUCAUUGGGUAUUUAUUCAAUCCAGAGCCAUGUGCUGUAUGAUAAUCAGGACAGAUUUCAACACAGCACAUUUUUAGAAAGUUAGAAAAUUGUUUACUUUGAGUCCGAUUCGGCAAAGUAUGGGUUAAGUGUCAUGCCCAAGGGUUUACAGCACCAGACUGGUCUUGUAUAUUGGAACUAGCCCACUUAUGGUUCAUAGCCUAGCGAAGAAACAGGAACAUCCAGUCAGUCAUGUCAUUCAAACCGGCAAGUCUCUGAUUCGCUCUUUAACUACCUGGCUAUCUUUGUUUUUAGGCCAUGUCAUGUAGAGACAUCCAUGAUAGAUACAGUACUGUAUGUUACUAAUAAGAAAGUACAGGAUAUAUAAAGAAGAAAAAGGAAAGUAAAAAAAAAACAGCGGUCCUAGUACAGAGCCUUGUGGAAUGCCAGGCUUUAACACAUACAAAUGUAUAAGAUCUCAGCCAGGGCUGAGAACAAAACAAUUCUAGUCUGCCUAAAAUAAUGUUCUGUAUUUUAUGGUACUCAUUAUGUAGAAGCUCAAGAAAUAAAAGCAGAGAGAUUUAUCCCUGGUCAAAGGCCAGUAUUAGGUUAUUUAUUACCGUAACCAGCGCUUUCUGAAUCCUGACUGAAACUUCAUGUAUGGGAUUCCUGUGAAGGCACAAAUUUAACUGCUGAACAAUGUGAGAUUAAGAUUGUAUGUUCUCUGUUCCUCACCUCUACUCUUCUACCCCUCACUUCAUAUAUUCCCAUCUCUUUUUCCUCCACCUCCUCCUCCUCCUCCUCUACCGACCUGCCGUGCGACACGUGUGCGCUCGCUACACAGACUCGCUAAUGAGAAAGCUAAGAAAGCAGAGACAGUGUGCAGAGAUCAGUAUUCAGAACUAAGUGGGGUGAGCAAAAAAAGUAAAAAUAGAGAGGGUAAAAAGAAUAGAGGGGUAAAAAGAAAAAUGAGAGAUGGAGGAGGAGAAUAAAGGAAGGAGAAAGGGAGGGAGAGUGCAGCUGCUGAGAUCCAAGCUGCAAGACCGCAGCCUGAUGUUAAAGACUGCUGCCUUCGCUGUGCUCCAAACCAGAUGCUUAGGAGCCAUAAACAGCCUCCAGACAGGGAAAAAAAACUCACGCACACACACACACACACACACACACACACACACACACUGAGCGACAGAAGACAUCGAUUAGAGCUCUGUUCAUUUCAAGGUUUAGUGCUGUACUUAUUUCCAGUUUGGAAGCAGUCGAUGGUGCUACAUGUGAGAAGAAGCAGGCAGGAUCAUGGCCGUGAGUCAUGGAGUGUGACAUUGAGUUUUACAAACAUUUUACUUGGCUAAGAAAGGACAACCUGCGAGCACUGGGCAACAACGAGAGCUAUCAGGAACGACUCUGUCGACUGGAGGGAGAUAAGGAAUCCCUCGUGUUACAGGUGAGUGUGUUGACAGACCAGGUAGCGGCUCAAGGAGAGAAGAUCAGAGACCUGGAGAAUUCCCUUGAAGAGCACCAACUCAAGCUGAACUCCACAGAAGAAAUGCUGCAGCAGGAGUUACUGAGCAGGACUGCGUUCGAGUCGCAGAAACUAAAUCUGAUGGAUGAGGUUUCCUCUCUGAACCUGAAGCUGGUGAACAUGGAGGAGAGACAGAGUCCCAGCACUGAGAGACAACACAAAGCCGAGAGCGUAGUGAAUCUGAUUAGCGAGCUGCAGGAGCAGAUGUGUAGAAUUCAGCAAGAGCUUUCUUGUAAGAUCCAGGAGAAAAAAGCCGCAGAGUCCCAAGAGGAUGAAGACUCGGAAACAGACGCUUCGUCCGUCGAAUCGGCUGAAGAAACGUCUGCGGAGGACCAGAGCUCUGGAGAUUUAGGUGCUGAGGAGCUCUGUUCCUGUAGGAGAGAAAGUAGCUUGCUCCAGGAACUGAGGUUGCUGAAAAAUAAAGUGGAGGAGCUCGAGGAUGAAAAGUCUCAGUAUGAGAGAAAACUCAAAGCCUCAAAGGCAGAAAUUUCCAGCCUUCAGCAUCUCCUGCAAUGCAGGAAUGCGGAGAUCGAGAACCUUCAGGCCCAGCUCCUCUCCAGAUCUCCCAUAUCCAUUGACAAUUCAGAGAGAGAGGAGUUGUACAGGAGGAGGCUCAACACCAAACAUCAAGAGCUUCUAAAAUUAAAAGCCGGAAUGGAAUUAUUAAUCGCAGCCAAUGAUGAGAAGGAUCGGCGUAUCGAGGAGCUUUCUCUUCUCCUGACCCACUGCAGACAGUUACGAGAUGGCAAGGCCUUGUUACAACAGACGUCAGCACCACAGUGCAGCAGCGAAGAAGAAGAGCAGAGCACAGCACUGAGGGCAAAACCUCUCACUCUCAAAGCUCACUCAGAGAUGAUGUCUGGUGCUUCCUCUCCACUUCUCCCAUCCAAAUCACCUGAGCAGAAGGAAACAGACAUGAGGUCACAGCCGAGAAAUACGUCCGGCAGCCAGGAAGAUCUGAAGAGUGAAGAACUAAAGCCUGUGAUGGGGUCUCCUGCAGAACCUGCUUCAUCGGAUGAGGGUUCCCAGCCGAAACCGGUGAACGGGAAAUGCGUCCUGAUAGAGGGAAAUAAAAGCGAUGGCUCCGAAUCGAGGUCUCAAGAAGGCAGUCAGGAUGGAGACAUGUCUCAGGGAAAGGCAGAGCGACCGGAAGAGUCGAGCGCUUGUGAUGCUUCACCCUCGUCGUCCGGUGUGGAUUCAGGAGAACAUUCCCCCGUCUCACAGGAAAACUUGAAGAACAACAAGAGCAUACGCAAACUCUGGGGGAAGAUCAAGAGGACGCAGUCGGGGGCUCUGGGGACGGGCGAUGAUCUGGAGCCCACUGAGUUCAGGAGAGGAGGAUUUAGAGCCACAGCCGGACCACGACUGGCUCGAACCCCCGACUCGGGCCGCUCGGUCCGAGACAUGACGGUUCCGUUCUCCAACUGGACCACGGAGCAGGUAUGCGGUUGGCUGGAGGACUUCGGACUGGGUCAGUACGUCAGCUUGGCGCGUCAGUGGGUGAUGAGUGGGCAGACCCUCCUCUCCGCUACGCCACAGGAAUUUGAGAAGGAGAUGGCCAUCAAACAUCCGCUGCACAGAAAGAAACUGCAGCUGGCUCUCAGGUCGUUCAACAACAAGGCCAUGGAGAAAUCGUCAGAGCUCGAUCACAUCUGGGUCACGCGUUGGCUGGAUGACAUCGGCUUACCUCAGUAUAAAGACCAGUUCCACGAGAGCCGAGUGGAUGGCAGGGUUCUCCAGUACCUCACCGUGAACGACCUUCUGUUCCUGAAGGUCACCAGUCAGCUCCAUCAUCUGAGCAUCAAGUGUGCCAUCCACGUCCUCCACGCUAACAAGUUCAACCCACACUGUCUGAGACGCAGACCAGGGGACGAGAAUAAAACUUCUCCAUCUGAGGUGGUGCAGUGGUCCAAUCACCGGGUGAUGGAGUGGCUGCGCUCGGUGGAUUUGGCUGAAUACGCUCCGAAUCUCCGAGGCAGCGGCGUACACGGAGGCCUCAUAAUCCUGGAGCCUCGGUUUACUUCAGAGACGUUGGCCAUGUUACUGAACAUCCCACCUCAGAAAACUCUGCUCAGGCGCCAUUUAACCACCAACUUCAGCAGUCUGGUGGGAGCCCAGGCUCAGCAGGAGAAACGAGAGUACUCCAACGCCAGCGGGCACACGCCACUCACCACCACCGCUAAAGUCCGGCCGAAGAAGCUCGGCUUCACAAACUUCAGUCACCUGAGGAAGAGGAGGCCCGACGAAUCCGCAGACUAUAUUUGCCCUGUAGAAAUGGGAAACUCACCGAUUUUGAACGGUACGACCCACCAGCUCUAGCAAAGCAUCAGAUCUUCUCGAUCUUCCAGUUUCUGCUGGACUCCUACAGACGAUCAGAAGCAGGAUCAAGUGAUCAUCAAAGCCCUGAUCUUCACUCAUCAGUCUCUCUUACUGUGAUCGGUUUGUUCGUAUCUCUGCUCAGAUGGACGGACGCCACGGCUGGAACCUCAUCAGGAACCUCAUCAGGAACCUCAUCAGGAACCUCAUCAGGAACCUCACCAGAUUAAAGAAACAUACAUCCAGAUGUUUUUUGAUUUUAAGUGUAAUGAUUUAUUACCACUUCUAAAAGUUAAAGGCUUUACAUAAUAAACGAAACUAGAAAAUUAA